CAAACGUACCAUCCACGCUGCUUCAAAUGUUGCGAAUGUGGUCUGUGCUUGGAUGGUCUUGAUUUUGCUGUCAACGAAGAAGACUCCUACAAAAUUUAUUGCCACAAAGAUUAUUUCAAAAUAUUUUCACCGCGGUGUGCAGUCUGCAACGGCACGAUCGACCCCAUCCAGGGGACCAAUGAAGUCGUCAGGGUCGUCUCAGCGGAUGCCGACUACCACAUCGAUUGCUACAAGUGUCAGAGGUGCCAGAUGCAACUGACUGACGAACCUGACAAGAUGUGCUACCCUCUCGGGAAGAUGCUGUUCUGUUACAACUGCAGGCUU